GGGGGGGCUGACUAUCAGUUAGUAAGAUAAGGAACUGGCGUAAUACAAGCCUAGGAGUAUAAAAACUACGACUAUUUAAACAAUAAAUCGACUUAGGUGUACCUCCAGCUUUUUGCAGAACUUUUGUUUCAAAAUAGCCCUAAUUUUUAGGAGACAAAAUGCAGAAAAGCAAGUAAACAGAUCAGCAAUGAAUGAAACACAUACAUACAUGAGAUAUGACACAUGAGAAACAAUAAAUAGUCUAUGUUAAUUCAUUAUUUUAUAUGGAUUUAAUAAAUUAAUUCAUUGAAAUACACAUUCAGAUACAUAUAAAGGCACACAAAGCAUUAAAUACAUCACCGUCGUCUUAUUGUCUAUACUUGAUCGGCCUGGAGCCUAUCCCAGGAGACUUAGGGCAAGAGGCAGACGCACCCCUGAAUAUGGUCAGAAUUCAUAGCAGGGUACACACACACACACACACAGACACACACACACACACACACACACACACACACACACACACACACAAGGGGCAAUUUAGGAAGACAAAUUAGCCUAACCUGCAUAUCAGGUAUUAAAUAUCAAAUACAGUAUAAAUAAAAAAAUUAUAAUAUAUCCGCAUGAAUUAUUUCUAUUUUUGACACAUUAAGAAAAGUUAGAAAAUACCUCAUAGCAGUAUAAAUGAUGUUAGAAUAGCGGCAUAGGCAGAGAACCGACUUGGCAGUUUUAAUAUCGACCACAAGGUGGCGGUAUGGUCACAUUAAACUUAUUUUUGUGCGCUUCAAACAAAACUGCUUAUUAUCUACUAAACUGAGUCGCAAUAACAAACCACUGGCACUGAACAGUCUGUGGAACACACAGCUGUACUAUGCCACAGGAGUGCAUCACUAUGGCAGUGGUUUUUGACUGUUACUGCAGACCAAAUAAUUACAUGUUUGACUUAAGACAAGUUAAAUAGAAAGGGCCUAGUAGAUUGUGGGAAGUUUUGUUUGUUUGUUUCUUUAAAGAGCUGCUCUUACUUAUUUUCUUGAUAUCAUAUCACUUGUUUCACUACAGGGUCCUAGUUUCUAAAAGGCCGAAAUGUGGUACUGUCAUCAUUGUUAUUAUCAUUAUUAUUUCGUAGUGGCGAAUUAUAUUAACUGAUGUAAACAUUUAUCUAUCAUGUUAAGAAUUUGAAUUUGUUAGACAGCCCUGGACUUCAGAACGGUCUAAUACUGUAUAUAUUCUCAUGUGACUUGACCUGUUCCUAGAUAACACUCAUUCAUGUUUAUUAACGCUAAUUAAAGCCUCCACGUGCACAUAAAGCGCGCGCUGUGACCUGGAGCGCAGUGUGUGUGUGUGUGUGUGUGUCUCUCUCUCUCUCUCCACACUCCUCCUAAUGAAAUGUGUUUACUAGUACUGGGCGGAACAAAGCGCUGUUUUUGUACCGUUUCGCUUUCAAACAGCUUCUAUGAUUGGAUGACGCUAUCUGCCAAUCAAGCGUGGGCGGUAUCAGCUGACCAAUGAUAGAUGUGUUCCAGUAACGCCGAUCGCGCGCUGUGUCUCUCUCACUCAUAUACACACGCGCGCGCACACGCACGCACGCACACAAACACACGCGCAGUGACAGGAGCACGCACGAGCGGAAUACUUGCUUGAAACUUUGACCACAAGUUCAUAACAGAGCCUUCAGAUGGCAGGAACUUUCCGACGCCUCGCGGUUUGACUCACGGCUUCGACGCGCGUUAUUAACUAAUGUAGUGUUGUUCACUUCUUAGGAAACUUGAAUAUUUGCUUCUCUUUUUUUGGUGUUUAAUCCGCGCUCUCUUGCCCGAGUCACUCUCGCGCGCCGCUAACUCUAUGUGACGCGGGGCGUUUGUCGGUACCAUGGCGGAAGCGGCCCAACAGCAACCACAGCUGGUCGACAUCGACCCGGACUUUGAGCCCCUGUCGCGGCCCCGGUCAUGCACUUGGCCGCUGCCCCGACCCGAGUUCACAAACCCCGCAGACUCGAGCACGAGCUCGCCGGCCCCGUCUGUCAAGCACGAGAUUAGCGGCACCGCGGACUUCCUCAGUCUGCUCGAAGAAACCGAGGACUAUGCUGAAGACAAGCCGCUUGUCUUGUGCACAGAUUUCCAAUGCCAAGAAAACUGCGGGCACCGACAGCAGCAGCAGCAGCGGCCGCAGAUCCCCGGCGCUUCGCUCCCUCCGCAGCAGCAGCAGCAGGUGCCGUUACUUUCCUCCUCUUCCUCCACAGCGGCGGCGGCUGCGGCGCAGAGGAAGAGCGGCUCGGCCCGGCGCAACGCCUGGGGCAACAUGUCAUACGCUGACCUGAUCACCAAGGCCAUCGAGAGCUCGCCCGAGAAACGCCUGACCCUUUCGCAGAUCUACGACUGGAUGGUGAAGAGCGUGCCUUACUUCAAGGACAAGGGCGACAGCAACAGCUCCGCCGGCUGGAAGAACUCAAUCCGGCACAACCUGUCUCUGCACAGUCGCUUUGUGCGAGUGCAGAAUGAGGGGACAGGGAAAAGUUCAUGGUGGAUGCUCAACCCAGAGGGUGGUAAGAACGGCAAGUCACCUCGCCGCCGUGCCGCGUCCAUGGACAACACUGGCAAGUUUGCCAAGAGUAGAGGGCGAGCUGCCAAGAAAAAGCUGGCCCUUCAGGGUGGUCCUGAUGCUGGUGCUGAAAGCCCGAGCUCCCAGUAUAGCAAGUGGCCCGGCAGCCCCAACUCACACAGCAAUGAUGACUUGGACCCCUGGACAACGUUCCGUCCUCGCACCAGCUCCAAUGCCAGCACGGUCAGCGGCCGUCUUUCACCCUUCAUGCCUGAGCAGGAUGACUUGGCUGACUCCGACAUGCACAUGGUAUACUCGGGCCCUGGCUCAACUGCCAAAAUGACCUCAACCCUCCCGAGCCUUUCUGAGAUGACCAGCUCCUUGGGCCAUGGUAGCACAGAGAACGUGAUGGAGAACCUUCUGGACAAUCUCAACCUGCUUUCGCCAAAUAACCCAGGAUCAGCUGGAGGGCCCGGUUCAAGCUCAAACCAUUCAUCCCCCUCCUCUCUUUUACAAAGCAGCCCUGGAUAUGCACCCUACAGCAACCAGCAACCCCAACAAGACUACCACAAGUGCCUGUAUGGCCAGGCCAGCAUGGGAAACCUGUCCUCUAUGUCCAUGCAGACUCUAGAAAGCAAACCCUCAUUUCCAGCUUCUUCUGGACCUAUGCCACAGUUUAACUGCACAGCAGGGCUGCUUAAGGAGCUUCUGACUUCUGAUUCAGAUCCACAUACAGACCUGAUUCCUUCUGUAGACACCGUGGUCUCCCAGUCAGCUGGCAGAGGACGCAUGCCUCAUUACCCUGGUAGUGGGCGAGCUGAACUAAUUGCGGGUGGAGCCUCCCAUGGCCAUGUUCUGUCUCACUCUCACAGCAUACAUGGCCAGGCACAACCUACCUCUGUGUCUCUGAAUGGGCGUCAAAUUCAUCCUUUGAGCAACAUGAGCCACGGGGCACGUAUUGGAUCUGUGAAGUCAGCUAUGCAGAUGCAAUACGGGGCACCAGGUCACAUGGCAGGAGGUAGUGGGGCAGGAGGGGGAGGACUCCCUUUCUGCAACAUCAAUGGCAAUGGCUAUGGCCCUGGACCAGGCCUACCCACCCUGCAGCACAUGGAAAAGCUGCCCAGCGAUUUAGAUGGCAUGCCUGUGGAGCGCUUUGAGUGUGACAUGGAGUCCAUCCUUCAUGACACACUGAUGGACGGAGACACGCUGGACUUUAAUUUUGACUCCAUGGCGAGCCAGCCAGGAUUCCCACAACAUGGGGUCAAGACCACUACUCACAGCUGGGUGUCUGGGUAAAGGUGGAACCUCUCUGCCCCUCAGACUGGAAUGUAAUAGCCCAAAGAGGCAAUUCUCACCCAUUCAAGCUGUGCUCUCUUCUCUUGCUUGUCAUCACGAACAUUCUCCUGCUUUAGCCCUGCUCAGCCAUGGCUGUGAUGUGACUGCACAUUGCCAAGGACAUUAAUUCAGUAGGGAGCUGAAGGAGGAGGUUCCUGCUCCAGCAUUGCAAUGCGCCUUCAAACCAAGUGCCAAACCAGGUGCCUGUGCUCAUUAGCCAAAUAAAAUGUGCUUUAUUUUGCUGCCUUCUUCUCACUUUUGAGAACCAGUGGUCAAAUCAGGGCAUAUACAGUAUGGUCUGGUCCACAACUAAGACUGACAUAUUAACUGCAGUACUCUAACAGUUAUGCAACUAAAGAUCAUUGUGGUUAUCAGAACAAUCAAAUUCUCAACUUAAUUCACACUGUGACCGAGUGACAUACUAAAUUAAAGCACCUGUUCUUAAAAUCCAUGCCUUUUGUCUUUACCAGCCCUUUAAAUUGGCCAUUGCAUGGUGAUGUGUACCUUUUCUCUACCUGUCUAGCAUGCUGUUAGAGUCCAACCUGCUGCCUUUUGCUUUCUAAUGUCUACAUGCAGUGCUUAAUGCUACAGAUAGCUCAAAGCUAACUUUAUUGGGAAAAAGAACUGGAUCCUGAAGAUGAGUGUACAGUUUUUAUGUUUUGUUUUGUUUUCCUGGAAGAGGUCCUUUUCUUAGCAGGACCUGGAAGAAGUUUAAGAAAAACUCUCUGUCUACUUGGACUAUGUUACAUGAAUUAUCACAACACUUUCUGUUUUUUUCCUUCAUACUUCAUUUUUUUUAAUAAGUGUAUUGCAAUUAUGUCAUGUACAGUGCGUUUACAUGGAGAAUUCCUCAAUCAGGGCAGCAGAUUUGACCUGUUUUGUAAAUUGUGAGAAACUGGAUCUGACACUUGACAUUUCAGUCGGCUCGUUCUCACUCACGACUAUGUACACCUUUCCACAUUUCCUGUAAAUAUAUGGUAAAUAUAUAUGCCAGAAGUAUGUAGUAGAUAGGUUUGAGAUUUUGAUUUGAAAUUAUGUUGUUGUUUUUGUGUAUGAUUGAUUGGCUUUAGCUGAUGUUAGAUUAAGCUUGUAUAAUGCAUUUCAACAGUGUUUUGGGGUCCUUAAAGGACAGGUCCACCCAUUUUGCAAAGUUUCUUUAGGUGUUUAUAUCAUGUAAGGUUUCUUAUAGGGUCAAUAUGUAGUAUUUGAUAGCAGUGGGAUCUCUAUUAAUCAGUUGUAUAAGUGAAAUAUACUGCCAUUUUCAGAUACUAUGAUUUAAUAGUAUACCAGUGUCCAGGCUUUACUCUGCAAAUUCCUAUUAGGUAACAUAGCUUGGUAGAAAUUUUGACAAACUGUUGGACAUGUCCUUUAACAUUUCUCAUGAGGUCCCUCAUACACGAGUCCUGAUGUAGUUAAGAACUACAGCGCAGAUGGGUUCUCACGGAUCACUAUCCGGUCGUUGGGCAUGCGGAAAAGCUUCAGACCUCUGCCUUUAAGUGUAGGGAAAUAUAUUUAGUUUAUUUAUUAGCUUGAAGGAGAAGAGACGUGAUUGAGUCACGUCACAGAUGAUUUAUAAGAUUCUAUUCUCUCUCUCUCUCUCUCUCUCUCUCUCUCUCUCUCUCAAAAUUCCGGCUCUGUCAAGUACAUGCCAAGAUUUUUUCUGAUAUUUCUAUUCACUGAAUUGUUAAAAAAGAAAAGAAAGAAAA